AUGUCUGCAAGACCAACAACGCCAUCCUCGCCCAAGACGGUCAAGCUGAAGAGCCCCGUCUCCGGCAUGCCCAUGUACGGCUGUGAGCAUGUCGAGCUCCUCUUCAGCCAGGGCCAGGACACCAUCAACACCUCCAUUUUCCACUACAAGAUCAUCCUGCGCAAGAUAUUCGACCAAGCACCGAUCGUGCCGCAGACAUCCAAAUCCGCCGAUGGCCAGCCCGUCACGACGCUGACGCCCAAUUACCUGUGCCUACAAUGUCCGACCACCCUGACCGAGGAGGACAUCUACAGUCACGGGCAGAAAAAGUCGCAUCGUUUCUAUGUAGAAUCAAGAUGCGGCACGUUGUACUGCCACAUGUGCGAUGACUUUGUGUACGAUCCCACACUGGAGGAGUUGCGGCUGCGCAAGAUCGGCACGGGCUCGUUUUCAACCAACCGCAAGAGGAAGCACGACGAGCUCUUCUCGGACUCGCUCAAGGAUGACCCGCGGUACAUUGCAUCGAACACGACGCUGGCAUCGUGCCGGGCAAGCGGGCUGCGCGGAAUCUACAACGCGGGCGCGACCUGCUACCAGAACGUGAUCCUGCAGUGCUUCCUGCACAACCCGCUGCUGCGCAACUUUUACCUGAGCGACGGACACCAGAGCUCGCUGUGCGAGGCACGACACUGUCUCAGCUGUGCCAUGGACGACGUGUUCCAAGAGUUCUACGGGCAGGAGAGCACCAACGGCUACACGGCAGCCAACAUCCUGUCGAGCUUCUGGAUCUCGGAGCGCAAGGCGUUUGCCAACCUGGUGACGACCAAGGAGCAGGACGCCCAUGAGUUCUUCCAGUUCCUGGCCGAAGAGCUGCACGAGCGCAACGGCGACGGCAAGAAGCCCGAGCACGGCAGCGAGCACUCGUGCACCUGCAUCGUGCACCAGACCUUUUACGGCAAGAUGCAGAGCACCACAACCUGCCAGCAGUGCAACGGCAUGACCAACCAGGUCCAGUCCUUUCUCGACCUCAGUCUCGGGCUCGAGAGCCUGGCCCACCGCCAGAGGCGUCUGGCCAAGGGACUGUCGGCCGCUGCAGCCGCUGCUGGGCCUCCGCAUCGUCUGACCCUACAGCAGUGUCUGGACGAGGAGUACAUCAAGUCGGACAAGUGCGAGUACCGCUGCCACAGCUGCAACUCCACGCGGCUGGCCCGACGGCACACAUCCAUCAAGGCGCUGCCGAAUGUGCUAUCCAUUCAGCUAAAGCGCUUCGAAUACAAACAGGGCCGCCAUGACAAGGCCGCAAAGGUCGAUACGCCCGUCGAGUUCCCCCUACAGCUUAACAUGCUGCCAUACACAAAUCGCAGCCGCGGCCAGGACGUGCGCGAGAGCUACGAGCUCAACCGGUCGUGCAUGUACGACCUACUCAGCGUCGUCGUGCAUGUAGGCGAGAUUGACACGGGUCACUAUCUGUCAUACUGCCGCGUCGGUGAUCAGUGGUUCGCCUUCAACGAUCAUCGCGUGCAGCUGGCGUCCAACUCGGAGGUCCUCGGGGCCAACGCCUACCUGCUCUUCUACAUUAUUCGAUCGUUGGCAUAG